AUGUUCCGUCUUGCCUCCAGUGCUCUCCGCAACACUGCCUCGCUCCUGAGCUCCCGCGCCGGCGUCCGCGCUUACGCUUCGGGCCCCUCCACCUCGGAGGUCUCGUCCAUUCUUGAGGAGCGCAUCCUCGGCACCAGCUCUGGCGCUUCCCUCGAGGAGACUGGCCGCGUGCUCUCGAUCGGUGACGGUAUUGCCCGUGUCUACGGUCUCCGCAACGUCCAAGCCGAGGAGAUGGUUGAGUUCUCGUCUGGCCUCCGCGGCAUGGCGCUCAACCUCGAAACCGACAACGUCGGUAUUGUCGUCUUCGGUAACGACAAGUUCAUCAAGGAGGGUGACAUUGUCAAGCGUACCGGCGCCAUCGUCGACGUCCCCGUCGGCGAGGAGCUGCUCGGACGCGUCGUCGAUGCCCUCGGCAACCCGAUCGACGGCAAGGGCGCCUUCAAGAACGUCAAGCGUGCCCGUGUCGGCAUCAAGGCCCCCGGUAUCAUCCCCCGCCGCUCCGUCCACGAGCCCAUGCAGACCGGCAUCAAGGCCGUCGACUCGCUCGUGCCCGUCGGCCGUGGCCAGCGUGAGCUGAUUAUCGGCGAUCGUCAGACUGGCAAGACCGCCGUCGCCAUCGACACGAUCAUCAACCAGAAGCGUUUCAACGACGGCAAGGACGAGAAGGCCAAGCUGUACUGCAUCUACGUCGCCAUCGGCCAGAAGCGUUCGACCAUUGCCCAGCUCGUCCGCACCCUCGAGCAGGCUGACGCCAUGAAGUACACU